AUGCGGAGGCUGGAUAAGCGGUUUAAGAAGCUGGACCUGGAUGAGUCCGGAGAGCUGAGUGUGGAGGAGUUCAUGUCUCUGCCUGAACUGAAGGACAACCCCCUGCUCCAAAGAGUCAUCGACCUGUUCGACCAGGACGGCAACGGGGAGGUGGACUUCAGAGAGUUCCUGGAGGGUGUGAUGCAGUUCUCUGAUCUAUGA